AUGGAAAGUGAUGCUUUCGGUGAUGCGAAAUCUCGUUUGAAACGUGAAAUCGACGUGGUUAACUGUUCGAUGGCGAACACAACAUGCGAAAUCCAACGUAAGGGGUUACUACAUCGAACACGCGGCUUUUACAAGAAGAUGGCUAAACACCCAAAUAUGUCUGUUACCUUGAUUGGAGUCACAUUGUUUCUGCUUAUAAAUAUUUGCAACAGUUUUAAAGGAAAACAGAUGGUGAUUCCUCCAAAACCACCGGAGAGAUUUUUUCCAGUUGGGUCUGCUGUCUUGGAUUUCCCUUAUGGAAACAUCAAUCCUGUUACCAAUCUGCUUGUUAAAGAAGAAGUAAUAUUUAUGAUGUACUAUGCACCGUGGUGUUCAAAGUCAAAGCAGAUUCGAGGAGAAUUUGCAAAAGCAGCCAAAUAUUUCCAAAACAGGAUUCGCUUUGUUGCGGUCAACUGUUGGUGGCCAAGUGGAGAAUGUAGGUCGAGUUAUAAGCUGAUCAGCUAUCCAGAGCUGUUUGUUUACCACACAAAUCUUGAUGGAUUCAAGUACAAAGGGAUACCAACAGCAGAUUAUAUGAUUCAAUUUACAGAAGAUCUUCUCUACCCGUUGAAGAUUCUACACACAAGAGAACAGAUUAAGGAGUUUAAUUCAAGAUAUGAUAAUGCCAUGAUCGGAUUCUUUGACUUCCAUGCCUCCCCCCAGCCUCCAGGUUACCGACAGUUUUACCUGACAGCUAUGAGAUUGCUUGAAAAAGACUUCUAUCAGCCAGUACGGUCAGCCAUUAUCACACAGCCUGGUCUUGCUAGUCUGUUGGGUUUACAUCACUCAAAAAGUUUGAUUUUACAUCGCCUGACAAAUACUACUUUGCUUUAUCCCCAAGAAGGCAACUUUACAGAUGAAUACUUAACACAUUGGAUUGGUGUUCACAAACAACAGCCAUUGGUGAAGUGGUUAUCUCCCCCUGGACACAAGACACAACAUUUAUCAACAGCAAUAAACCAAGGACCAGCAUUAGUAGUGUUCAUCCCAGUCAACCAGUUACAUACAAACAGUUUUUAUUACAACAUGGUCCGUGAAGUUGCUUUACAUUACUUGAAUUGUAAUGACAGUCUAUUCAUGCGGGACGCCACUGAACUAAGUAUACGACAGCGGAUAGCAAGUAUAGAGGAACACCAAAAACAUACUGACAAAUGUCUCUACAAGCAAGUGUACAAAAAUACACUGUAUAUGUCUCCAGCCAGUGAUAAAAAUUGCUGUAUUUCCUUGGUGACUAGUCAUAAUAAAGAAUAUAGUAGAGAGGACUCUCGAACUGUGUGCGAGUACUGUAAACAUGUCAAAACCACGCCUUCACUGGAGGAGAGGUCACAUCUGUGCAUGCUAGAUACACCCACAAGUCUUUCAACUGGAGCUAUGUUCAGUGGUCUUGCCCAUAGUCCACCCCAUUGUCUCAAUACCGGCCAGGACUAUAACACCAACGAAUACCGGACUUUGUGUUGUAAAGAGUGCAGUUAUAAUGUGUUGUCAAACGACAAGUGUUCUUCUAGAAAAACAACUGACCCUUUCAUUGCUAGAAGUAAUUUUAUUUUUCUAAACCUAAUAUGCAAAACACUAAAAUUGCAGGAAGAACAGAAUUUGACAUCACCAUUUGAUUUUGUCAAGGAUUUUAGUCGUUUUGAUUUGGAGAAAGUGAUGGGAUUACACUGUAGAAGUAACAGAACAUUAAAUUUACAUGUGAUGGAUAUCAAGCAUCACUCUGUGUUCUUGGAGAGAUUAGCGCCAGGCUAUCUAAUUGAUGUCAACUCACCUGCAGCUGUGAUCGUGGAUAAAAAGAAUGAAGCUCAAUAUGUUCUCAGGGAAACAUUCAGCAAGAAAAAUUUAGCCCAGUUUAUAAUGAACUACACCUCCAGUGACUUAGACCGUUAUCUGCGGUCAGGAACUCUGAACAACUCUCCUUGUUACGGCGAUCACAUCGGUGUCUGUAUCAGGGAAGCAACAUCACAAUCAUUCCAAGACAUAAUUCUACAGCAGGACAAGGAUGUACUUGUACUGCUGUAUGCUCCUUGGUGUGGCUUCUGUGCUGGGUUUGCUCAUCUCUAUCUGAAUCUGGCAAAAUAUUUCAAAACAGCACAGGACCUGAUAUUUGCAAGGAUCAAUGCUGAUUCUAAUGAUUUACCAUGGGAGUAUACAGUCAGUAGCUACCCAACACUCCUCUUCUUCCCUGCCCAUCGGAAAUCUGACAGUGUGGUGUUUCCAGCUUCCAUACCAAAGACUCUUCCCAACCUGAUAAAGUUUGUGCUUCACCACUCAACUCAUGACCUACGUCUGGACACAGCAGCGGACAUCUGCUCUGACUUGUGUAUUAAACACAAUCGAGUGGUUGUAGCAGUAACAGUAGAGACUUUGAGAUCACAGAGUCAUCAGUACGCAAAGAGACUGCACAGACUCAUGUCACAUCUGGCCUCACUCAACAACGCUCCCAAGCAUCACCCAGACACAACAUCUGAAUACUUACCAGGAAAAUCUUCCAUUGACAAUUCUGUUCCAGGUCUUCCUGAUGACCAACUUAUGUUGCAAAGAAGACGCAAAAUUCAUUCAUCUAUAGCAUAUGUACAAAAACAGAUACGCAAAACAGAGAAGAGGGUCAGAGAUGCUGAAUAUCUAAAUAAAUAUUUAUUAAGUCAUAAAAAUUUUUUAUCUGGAAAAGAAGAAUUAUUUGAAUAUUUUUCCCCCCAUGUUAAAGAUAAAAAGUCAAAAAGCUAG